UAUGUUAUCAUAGUGAUGGCACUGUUUUGGUGCACGGAAGCGCUGCCGUUGGCUGUCACAUCUCUCCUCCCUGUCCUGUUCUUCCCGUUGAUGAAUAUCAUGGAUUCAACAACAGUGUGCCAGGAGUACCUGAAGGACAGCAAUAUGCUUUUCAUUGGGGGAUUGCUGAUGGCCAUCGCUAUUGAGCACUGGCAGCUACACAAGCGCAUUGCUCUGCAGGUCUUGCUUAUCACUGGUGUGAGACCAGCCCUACUUCUCAUGGGCUUCAUGGUUGUGACUGCCUUCUUGUCCAUGUGGAUCAGCAAUACUGCCACCACUGCCAUGAUGGUCCCAAUAGCACAGGCAGUGCUGGAGCAGUUGCACAAGUCAGAAGAAGGGUCUAAUUCACCUGGCCAAACCUCUGAAAAGAUUAAUAAGGCCUUUGAACUGCAGGAAGAGUCAACUAAGCCAAAUAGCUCCAAAGAAAUAGAGGGAAAAGGUGAGUGGGUUACGUGUGGUUUUGUCUUUGGGGUAAUGGAGGAUGACCUGAGGCCUUCUUCACUGUCAUUAGAGUUGGUAGUAAGUAAUAGUUAUACCCUGACAGUUGAGGAAGACAGAAAGAGAAAUGAAAGUCUGCUAGAGGAGAAACACAAGAAAUUCAGCAAGGGAUUGUCUCUCUCUAUUUGUUACUCAGCCAGUAUUGGAGGGAUUGCAACUCUAACUGGGACAACACCAAAUCUGAUACUGCAAGGACAAGUUAAUGAGCUCUUUCCUAAAAAUGGCAAUAUCAUCAACUUUGCCUCUUGGUUCUCCUUUGCCUUCCCCAUCAUGAUCUUGUUACUGGCUUUGGCAUGGAUUUGGCUGCUGAUACUGUACUUGGGCUUUAAUUUUCGUGAGAACUUUGGGUGUGCUACAAAUGCCUCUUCGAAGGCAAAGGAGCAACAGGCCUAUAACAUUAUCAAGGAAGAGAAAAAGAAAUUGGGCUCAAUGAAAGUUGCAGAAAUAGCAGUUUUGGUCCUCUUUGUACUACUGGUAGUGCUCUGGUUUACAAGAGAACCCGGCUUCAUCCCAGGCUGGGCAACAGUUCUGUUCAACAAAAAUGAUAUGAGCUAUGUCACUGAUGCUACAGUUGCCAUCUUCAUCUCGACUCUGUUGUUCAUUGUCCCUUCUGACAUGUCGAUCCGUUUCAGAGACAAUGGUCAAACAGGCAGCAAGCCAAAGAUGCAAGCACCCCCAGCUCUCCUGGACUGGAAUGUGGUUCACCAGAAAAUGCCAUGGAAUAUUGUGUUUCUGCUGGGAGGUGGCUUUGCCUUAGCCAAAGGCAGUGAGGAGUCUCAACUGUCCUCAUGGUUAGGAAGCAAACUGACUCCUCUGGAGAAAAUCCCUCACCCAGCUAUUGCUCUCCUGUUGUGUCUCCUUAUUGCCACUUUCACUGAGUGUGCCAGCAAUGUGGCCACCACCACCCUCUUCCUCCCUAUUCUGGCUUCAAUGGCUGAAGCGAUCUGCCUCCAUCCACUCUAUGUCAUGCUGCCCUCUACACUUUCUGCAUCAUUGGCAUUCAUGCUCCCAGUGGCCACUCCUCCUAAUGCCAUUGUCUUCUCAUACGGGCAACUCAAAGUGAUAGAUAUGGCCAAAUCUGGGUUUGUACUCAACAUUCUAGGAGUUCUGGUGAUAAAUCUAGCCAUCAACACCUGGGCUUCAUCUUUGUUCCAACUGCAAACUUUCCCAUCUUGGGCAAAUAAGACAGGUACAUGCCCAUAAUAUGGAGAGGCAAGAAAGCAACAACAGUUUCUGUCAGAGCUGCAGUGAGAGCAAGGCUAUCAUCUACAUGUGUUUUUUACCAAGGCACUGGUUAAAAGACAGGCCUGUUCUGUGGAAAAGGACAAGCCACAUGCAAGCAAAAUCACUCCAUCGAUAACAGCAAUAAAAUUGCCUAACAGUGCUGUUUAGCUGGCAACUUCGUUACCCCAGAAAAGGUAACCUUUGGCUUUCCAACUGUCCCAGGUAUCUUCAGGUUUUCUGUCUCUGCAAGGGUAGGUUUUCCCCAAGUGCUACACUGCUUUUCCAGCUCCUCCUGCAGAAUGUGAAGUCUGCAGCAGGAAAGAGAGAGGUGUGUAUAUAAAGAAGAGACUCUGCAUUCCUGGUCUCCUGAUCCUGAUAAGUAUACAGUCUGCUGUAUGUGUGUUCAAGAUGUACAUGACUGUUAAAUUCUCUGUGGGCAUUCCCAGCAAGACAUGUGCUGUAUGAUUACAGACAAGUCCCAUAUUGUCAGCCCACUCUAUUACUUUGAAACAUAUUUAUCUGCAGUCCACUUAUGAAUGUAAAAGACCAUUUUAUUCCUAGAAUGUCUCUCCCAUUGUUAUUUAUGUAAUAUUACACUUGUGAGGUCACAAUAAGAAGAGCUAUAUUCUUUUGAGAAGGAGAGAAUCCUUGUGUCCUAAAAUAUACAUGACUGAAUUAAAGAUUUUUUUUACGUA